ACCGGAUGUUUCAUAUGCUUUGUGAGUUCACUCUGUGAGGGUCAGCACCCUCAGGGGUGGAAUGAUCUGCAGAAUCCUAACCUAGCAAGGCCGGCAGCUUCAGUGGAAACCUAAACUGGGACCAGCACUCUCAUGUUCCUGCACAGCAGUAAAUAGCUCUGUUUAACACCACUGUUGCACAGUCACAACGAAGAGGCUUUCCACCAUGGAGGGUGUGGCAGUGGACAACCUAAUAGACUUCGACCUACCGUCAGAGACCAAGACUCUCAACAUAGAUGGAGGUCAACACCAAGGACACACAGACAUUUUCUCCCCAGAGCCAGCUUCUUCCACAGGAGUGCACCAGCUGCCAGAGCCCAUGGCUCCAACCAAGCCCAACUCCCACCACCAGUCAGAGGAGGGAAACAACGACAGCGAUGCUACAGAGUCGGCAGACAGUGAAAAUGACAUGGACCCGCCCUCUCAUGAAUGGGAACUAAGAAGGUCGUCGUCUUCGUCGGCUCACAGCGGGGAGGAGGCCGACGCCGAGACAGUGGAGAGGAGGCAGUUCAUGAAGACGUAUGUGGAGAAGGUGUUUCAUGGAAAAGAGGACUUUGACCAGGAGGAGAAGGCUCGUUUUGGAGAGUUGUGCAGUGGAGAGAAUGGAAAAGGCAGGGAGUGGUUUGCCAAGUAUGUCAGCGCUCAGCGCUGCCACUCCAAAUGUGUGAGCGAGGCCACCUUCUACAGACUCGUGCAGUCUUUUGCAGUUGUGCUAUUUGACACUCAGCAUUUUGAGCUUUUCUUCUCAGGAAAGUCUCAGCCGUCUCCCUCGGAGCUGUUGGAUCGCGGUGGUGCUCCAGCUGGUCUGGACUCUUAUCUCAACAAGGCUAACACCUGGCUGUCAGGGAAGAAGGACGCCGCCGAGCGCCUCCUUAAACACACGUCCAAGACUGACGUCAAAGGCUUCUUUGGGGGCCUGGAGAGCAAGCUGAGAAGCUCAGUGGCUCCCAAGUCUGAUGAUGGGGAAAAUCCGGGGGAGACGAAGCCUAAAUCACCAGUGUCAGGCGCUCCAGAGGAAAAGAAAGGGGAAAAGGUGUACCUGUACACUCACCUGAAGCAGCAACCUAUCUGUUGCUGCAGGGAGAAGUGGUGUCACAUGACUGAUGAGGAGAAGAAGGACAGCUACAAAAUCGAUGAGAACAUCGCCUUUGGCCAGCUGGGGACGUUCACUCACAACAUGCUGGCGUUUGGUCUGAGUAGGAAGCUCUGCAAUGACUUCCUGAAGAAGCAGGCAGUUAUUGGGAACCUGAAUGAAGGUAAAGCAUGA